ACGGCAACGUCCGCAUCGCCAUGGAGCGCUAUAACCAGAGCGGGGGCCAGCACACCUUCCAGUACGCCUACGGCUGCUGGCUGCCAGCGGACGGCAGCUCCUGGGGCUUCCGGCGGUACGGCUACGACGGGCAGGACUUCCUCUCCUACGACACCCACACCCACAACUGGGUGGCCCCCAGCAACGAGGCCCAGCUCACCAAGGGCAAGAUGGAGAGCGACCGGCACCUGAGUCAGCAGCAGCGGGACUACCUGGAGCACAAGUGUGUCGAGUGGCUGCGGACGUACCUGGGCCAUGGGAAGGAGACGCUGCAGAGAAGAGAGCGCCCGGCUGUGCGGGUCACCAGCAAAGGCACCCCCGGCGGCCCCUCCACCCUCACCUGCCGGGCCCACGGCUUCUACCCCCGGGAGAUCGCCGUGCGCUGGCUGCGAAAGGGGGUGAGCCGAGAGCAGGAGACGUGGCGAGGGGGGGUCAGUGAGAACGGAUCCAGCAGGGCCAGCACCCAGGGCUCCAACUCCUCUGUGGCAGCCAGCACCCAGGGCUCCAACUCCUCUGUGGCAGGCAGCGAGAAAGGAUCCAGCAAUG